AUGUUGAAAAGAGGUUUAAAAAUAGCACUAGUUCAGUUAUCAGUAGGUCCAGAUAAGGCAAAAAAUGUGGCUGCAGCAGUAAGUGAGAUACAUAAAGCUAAGGAAAAAGGAGCUCAACUUGUUGCAUUACCUGAAUGUUUUAACUCUCCAUAUGGGACUAGAUAUUUCAAUGAAUAUGCGGAAGAAGUGCCUGCUGGUUCAACAUGUAGGGCACUGUCAAAAGCCGCAGCAGAAGCGGGAGUGUGUGUAGUGGGGGGCACUGUGCCUGAACGCUGUGGGAGUAAAUUGUACAAUACUUGUACUGUGUGGGAUGACAGUGGAAAACUGUUAGCACAGCAUAGAAAGAUGCAUCUGUUUGACAUCGACAUUCCUGACAAGAUCACAUUCAAAGAGUCUGAAGUGCUCAGUGCGGGCGACCAGAUCACUACCUUUGAAUACCAAGGAUUGAAAAUUGGGAUUGGCAUCUGCUAUGACUUGCGUUUUCCAGAAAUGGCGUAUAUUAUGUCCAAGCAAGGGUGUUCCCUGUUAAUUUACCCUGGCGCGUUCAACACGACCACGGGCCCCAAGCACUGGGAGCUCCUCGCGCGCGCCCGCGCCGUGGACGAGCAGCUGUGGGUGGCGCUCGUGAGCCCCGCGCGGGACGCGUCCGCCUCGUACGUCGCGUACGGGCACUCGCUGGUGGUGGACCCCUGGGCCAAGGUGGUGGCGCAGCUGGACGAGACACCGGGCACCUUGUUCGUGGAUGUAGAUGCAAGUGUGGUGGAAGAAGUACGGAGUCAAAUACCAAUCAGAAGCCAAAAGAGAUCAGACAUUUACGACGUAAUUCAGAAAAAACAU